UUACUGUGUAUGUCUAGAGGGAUAUUUUUCAUUGUGUGGAGAGUAGUGUUGAAUAGUAUCAUCCAAACAUGGACCGCAUGCAGGGGAAGAUCUUCUUUUAUGAGGACAGGAACUUCCAGGGGCGCCACUAUGAGUGCAGUAGCGACUGCCCCGAACUGAGCUCCCACUUCAGCCGCUGCAACUCCAUCCGCGUGGAGAGCGGGCACUGGGUGAUCUACGAAAGGCCCAACUACCUGGGGUCCCAGUACAUCCUGGGCAGGGGAGAGUAUCCGGACUUCCAGCGUUGGAUGGGCUACAACGACACCAUCCGCUCCUGCCGUCUCAUCAGACACACCUCGGGAAUGCACAGGAUCCGUGUGUACGAACGCCCUGACUACUCCGGUCAGAUGAUGGAGUUUAGCGAGGAUGUCUCCAGUCUGCCCGAGCGCUUCCGGCACCAUGAGGUGCACUCCGCCAACGUUGUGGACGGUGCCUGGGUCUUCUACGAGCACCCCAACUACAGGGGGCGGCAGUAUCUGCUGGAGAGAGGAGAGUACAGACGCUACCCCGAGUGGGGGGCCAUGCAGGCCAUUGUGGGCUCCCUCCGCCGUGUCCAGGACUUUUAGACCCACUAGUGUAGGGUGUCAAAAGUGAUUGGUUGUAUCAAGAAAUAAAGACACAAGUAGCUGAAAAACCAA